AUGGCCUUUCUGAUACUGCUCAUUUGCGUCCAGUUAAUUUCGGCCCAGGAUGGUAUAUUUCCCAGUGAAUCCAGCUACUUGAGUCAAGUACCUGAUGCCCAACCGCCUCUACUUGCUGACCCAAGUUCUACCACUGAUGCCACCCCUGAACCGAUCUCUGCAAUUUCGGCCCAGCAGACUACGCAAUCCGCAUAUUCCUCAUCCACAUAUUCCUCAACUACUACAUUACCAUUAUCGGUGAACAUGGAUGCGAUUUCGUCCUGCAUGGGUAAACUCAAGCUAGCGUGUUUGUUGAAUCUGUAUGUCAGACGACUGCUAGACAGAUACGUUGGAUCAGGACGACUGGACAAAAUUAGAGACGUAAUCGAAGCCGAGGCUGAUAUGAUUUGCAAUCCAGAGGAAAAUAUGGCGAUGGAUGCGUUUCUGGCCAAUUACACGGAUGCGAUCAACGUCGCUCUAGGAGUAACAAACAACCUCACCAGCAGCGAUAAGGAUCAAGUGAACACAAUGGAAAAUCUAAACGACACAAUCGGAGAACGAUUUUUCUAUUUGCGCAAAUUCAGCACAAUCAACGAUACAGAUCGAACAACGCUUGGGAACGCUUUCAACGACAUCAUGAAGACAUUCACAACUUCCACUGCACCUAAUGCAACAUUACAAGCCGUUGCUGCGCUGACGCCAGCGGAUGUGGCACAAAUAAGGGAUGCUGGCGAUAACGACCGAAUGGGUCUCGUAAUGAACCGCCUAAAUGCUUGCAACAUUACGGACAGCAAUGUUGCUGCAGACGUUACCAGGCUAUUUAUGACGCCAGCUGUAAUUUAA